AUGGCGGGCCGCUCAACAAUACCACGGUCGCGUCAGACGCACGCACCGCCGCCCCCCGCUCCACGCCUUCCUCGCCCUCCCGCAAAUGCAAAUGGACACGCCUCGCCGUUGCCGUCCUCGAGGACCCAAGAGGACAGCAACAAGCUCGCCCGCAACGCUAUCGUCGGCGCCGUCGUGCAGACCACCGCUUCCGAAUGGAUCAUGAUCCUCUCUCUCAUCUUUGGCGGAUGCUGCAGCAACGCCUGGGCGCUCGAGCUGUCGACCAACCAGCUGCCCCAGAGCGGCACACUCAUCACCUUUGCCCAGUUCGCCACCACCACCCUCUUCUGCCUCCCGCGCCACCUACACGUCCCGCCCGGCUCGUGGUGGCCCCGCCUCCGCCCGCGCGCCGUGCCCCUGCCCCGCUGGAUCGUACAGGUGGCCCUCUACUUUUCCACGUCGCUCCUCAACAACAUGGCGUUCGCCUGCAACAUCCCCAUGCCCGUCCACAUCGUCUUUCGCAGCGGCGGCCUCGUCAUCAACAUGAUCCUCGGUUACCUGGUCCAAAAGAGGCGGUACACGCCACUCCAAGUCGCUUCGGUCCUGCUGGUCACGGCCGGAGUCAUUUCAUCCACCCUCUACUCGUCGUCGUCGUCGUCGUCGUCGUCGUCGUCGCCGGCCUCGCCCUCCUCUAGCGGCGAUGCAGCCGAGGCGGGCAGCUACGUGCAGGGCGUGCUGCUGCUGCUCCUCGCCCUCAUCCUGACGGGCCUCAUGGGCCUGUGGCAGGAAAAGACGUUCCGCGUCUACGGCACCUCAAACUGGCGCGAGUCGCUCUUCUACUCGCACCUCCUCAGCCUGCCCAUCUUCCUGCUGCGCCGCGACAAGCUCGCCCGCGAGGUGCGCCUGGCCAACCAGACGCCGUCGUGGUGGAUCGGCCUCGGUCCCGCACCCUCUUCGGCGACGGCUUCGGCGCGACUCGGACGCUUCCUCUCGCCCUCGUCGUCGUCGUCGUCGCUGAAGCCACGCAGCUUUGACCUGUCCACCCUGAUACCCUUCAAGACGGCGCGCGGACCGGGGCCGGGAGCGGGCCUGUGGAUCCCGUCCUUCUACCUGCCGCUGCUGCUCAAUGUCCUCACCCAGCUGCUCUGCAUCAACGGCGUCAACAAGCUCACGUCCAAAGUCAGCUCCCUCACCGUCACCCUCGUCCUCGUCGUGCGCAAGGCCCUCAGCCUCUUUAUCUCAGUCAUGCUCAUCGGCCGCGGCAACGCCAACCCAGGCCUCUGGAUCGGCGCCACCACCGUCCUCGUCGGCACCGUCGGUUACUCGCUCGCCGGCGCCGGCACCGCCAAGAAGGAGGGCGACGACAACAAGAAGAAGACCAAGACUCUCUAG